AUGGCUCAUGAUGUCACAUCUUUGUGACAGGCUGGAUGAGAGGUACAGCCCAGCUUACUCAGCAAACAGACAUAAGUCGCUUAGCUGUGCAGUCAUGCUCAGAGCUGUCUGUGGUGCUGACAAUACGGAAGGCUGCUUUCCCCCAGUGUUCCAGGAAAUACAAUCAGACAGCUGAACUGUAUAGAUCAGCCUCCCCCUGAAUCAGAGAUGCUGGGAUACCAACACAUAUAGACUGACCUUGAAUUGAAAAUUUCUGAAAGACAAGAGGAGUAAAUAAUGGCAGUGAAAAGUUAUGAAGAUUGGAUGGGCACUCUGCCAGUCUGUCUGAGUACAUUGCCUCUAUCUACCUUAGCCAUACCAGGAUCACACGACUCGUUCAGCUUUUGGGUUGAUGAGAAAUCUCCAGUUGGACCAGAUCAGGCAGCAUCAAUCAAGCGCUUGGCAAAAAUCUCGCUGGUGAAAAAGCUGAUGAAGAAAUGGUCUGUUACACAGAAUUUGACUUUUAAAGAACAGCUAGAGUCAGGUAUUCGCUAUUUUGAUCUACGUGUGUCUUCUAAGCCAGAAGAGGGAAGAGAGAUCUACUUUAUACAUGGCCUAUAUGGAAUACGGGUAUGGGAUGGACUGACGGAAAUAAACACUUUUCUGAACAAUCACAGCAAAGAGGUUGUAUUGCUGGACUUCAAUCACUUCUAUGCCAUGGAACACGAGCACCAUUUGUAUCUUCUCAAUAUGCUGCAAGAAGUAUUUGGAAGUAAACUCUGUCCAGCUGAAUGCGUUGAAAAUAUAACAUUGCAGUACCUCUGGGAAAAAAAUUACCAGGUUUUGGUUUUCUACCACUACAAUUUAUGGAAUGAGUACCCCUUUUUAUGGGCAGGAAAUAAAAUGCCAGCACCCUGGGCAAACACAACCAACGUUCACAAGCUGCUUCAGUUUCUAGAAACAACUCUUGGAGAACGGUCUAAGCGAGGGACUUUUCAUGUAUCACAAGCUAUUCUAACCCCGCAAGUUAAAACCAUUGUAAGAGGACUGAAAGCUGGAUUAAAAAAUACUCUUGUCCACAGGAAUCUUCCAAUGAUAUUGAACUGGGUGAAGAUGCAGAGGCCAGGUGCCAUGGGUGUUAAUAUCAUUACAUCGGAUUUUGUAGAACUGGUUGACUUUGCCGAGACAGUAAUUGGACUAAACUAUCUUCUACUAAGAAACAAAAAAGACGACAGUUAGCAAAAAACAUCAGCUCUGUAUUUAUUUAUUUGUGUGGCGAAGACGCAAUAUGGAAUAUAACAUGAGACAAGAUAAUAUUCUUAUCAUUGCUGUUCCUGGUAUUUAGAAAUACAUCUACCUCUUUCUUGCAUUUUCAUUUUUCAUGUUUACUAUAUAAAGAUCAUCUUUGGAUAUCGA